GUUCGUGAAACUUCGUGGAAAAAUGACAGAUUUUUUUGUGAAUAAUUGAAAUUAUUUAAUUUUCUUUGUGAAAAACCCACUUUUCACCCCCAAAAUACACAACUGUGGACCCCAAGGGUACCACAGAAGCCCCUCUGGCUGCCACAUCCACGUGCUUUGUGUGGAAUUUUAUGGCUAAGGCCGCGAAAAAGGUGGAAAACAGCGUGAAAACUUGAGCACAACGAAGGGCGUGGUUGAAAAUCCAUUCAUCGUGGAGACGACACAGAAAAACGAUAAAAUGUCCGGGAAAUUGCCCAUUCCGAAGCGUCGGGAAGCAGCCCUGAAUGCUUCCUCGUCCUCCAAUUCGAGUCUCUCAUCUGCAGACGGGAUGUCCGCUGAUUUGGCAUCACUGUUUGAGUGUCCUGUGUGCUUUGACUAUGUCCUGCCACCGAUACUGCAGUGCCAGAGUGGGCAUCUCGUCUGCAGCAAUUGUCGCUCCAAGCUCACAUGUUGCCCCACCUGUCGUGGUUCCCUGGGCAAUAUACGGAACCUUGCAAUGGAAAAGGUUGCGUCCAACGUGAAAUUCCCCUGCAAACACAGCAGCUACGGCUGCAAUGCAUCACUCAUCUACACAGAUAAGACGGAACAUGAGGAUGCAUGUGAAUUCCGGCCGUACCUCUGCCCCUGCCCGGGGGCAUCGUGCAAAUGGCAAGGUGCCCUGGAGCUCGUCAUGCCGCACCUCAUGAUGUCCCACAAGAGCAUCACAACACUCCAAGGGGAGGACAUUGUCUUCCUUGCGACGGACAUUAAUCUCCCCGGGGCCGUGGAUUGGGUCAUGAUGCAAUCCUGCUUCAAUCAGCACUUUAUGCUGGUGCUGGAGAAGCAGGAAAAAUUCGAUGGGCACCAGCAGUUCUUUGCCAUUGUCCAGCUGAUUGGAUCACGCAAGGAGGCCGAGAACUACGCCUACCGCCUCGAGCUCAAUGGGCACCGUCGACGACUCACGUGGGAAGCAAUGCCGCGCUCCAUUCACGAGGGGGUGGCAUCGGCCAUCCUCAAUUCGGACUGCCUGGUGUUCGAUACGUCCAUUGCGCAGCUCUUUGCAGACAAUGGCAAUCUCGGCAUUAACGUUACGAUCUCCUGCGUCUGAGGUGACGCAACACCAACACCACCCCCCGAUCCCGCCCUCCCAACCAUCCCAAACCAUCCACUACCACCCCCACAGCUCCCUUAGCAAUCGCGCGAUACAACACCACAUUUUAUCGUCUCUUUACAGAGGGGUUUAAUUAAAAUUAAUUAAUUAUAAAUUCUUAAAUAAAUGACAUUAGUUUUAAUUGCAAAAA